AACACAUUAAAGGUUAAGAGUAGCACAUUCGAAUUCGAAUUGUUCCACUUGCAUUUUGCAAAAAGCAUCAACUUCCAAAGAAACUCAGAGUGACAAAAAAUGGGCACAGCAACAUGCAUAGACAUCAUCCUCGCCAUCAUCCUGCCUCCUCUUGGAGUCUUCCUCAAGUAUGGCUGCCAGGUUGAAUUCUGGAUCUGUUUGGUGCUUACCAUUUUGGGUUAUAUACCUGGAAUCAUCUAUGCUAUCUAUGCAAUCACCAAGUGAUAUCACUCUUUAGCUUUUGUUAACAGUGAAUAAUUGUCAAGGGUGAUUCUGUUUUUCAACUCUGAUAUUGAUGUUCCUUUGUAUCCGUUUGAUCUUUGAUGGAAAAUACUGAUCCUCCUUACCCAAAAAAAAAAAAAAAAAAACAGUAUAUCAUUUUCAUUGUCCAUUUUCUAAUGUUUUUGUUUAUACCAUCUGUUUGUUUUUAGCUUACGCGAGAGUGGAGUGGGUAGCUUAGUCUCUACAUUUGGUAUUCGAUUUGAAAUAUUGUUCUGUAUCAACGAUCUUGUUCAUGUAUCUUACGUCAAAUGUAACACUAUUACAUUCAGAUUAAUAAGUUUAAUUUAUUCGUGUUAUAUUCUGUUUUGA